GGAAAGCAAACAUAAGUUUGGAAACUGCUAAAGUUUCCAGUGCAUUUCAUGUACUGCACAACUCAAUCUUAGCUUCAUUGUGAUCCUCAAACAAUCCCCCCAAAUCCUGGCCGUACGAUUGGAAUAUAGCGGAAUUCACUCUCAAAGAACACACGUGCCCCUGCUAUGCUACCCCUCCUCUUCUCUUGUUCUGUUUUUCGUCUCUUCCUCCAAUCCCUGGUUCCAUGCACAGAAUUCUCCUUCCGCUCCAUCACACCAACAAGAUGUAUUUGAGAGAGAGAGAGAGAUAAAAAGUGUAGAGAGAGAAAAAGUCACGGUUUGGGCCUGUUGAUGGUCAUCAUUACCGACCCAUCUCUUGAAAAGGUUUGAUUUUUAUUGUUUUCAACUCUUCAAAUUUUGAACAUUCACGGGAGGCACAAAGAGAGGGAUUAGUAGUAGGGCAUGGCAAUGGAAUUCAAAGGGUCUCUCCUUUUGAUGUGGGACGUCUGAUCUUAUACUUAUGCGAAACUGUCACAUCUCAAACACUUCAAUCCAACCAAGAAAAUUAACUCAGCGAUCUGUGUUCAUCCAGUUCCCAGAUUUGAGCUAUCAAGGUUUUUUUUUUUUGUUCUUUCAUUUUCUUGAUCUGGGUUCGUUUCGAAUUCCUCGGUUUAUUCACAUCUGGUUGGAAAAGAAUGCCAGCAUUGUUAGAGAAUUUGAGCCAGAAGCCAAUUUUACUGAUCUAGUUUCCUGUAUUGGGGUUGCCUGGUUUUCCAGUGAUCGAUCAAGUGAAUCAAUGGAGGAGGAGUUGAGGUUUGUGUGCAACAAGAGCUGUGAUGUGAUCAAGAAUUCAGCUGGAACAGGCGAGAAAUUUGAGCCCCAUGUGAGAAAGCUGUCUUCUUUCUUGAAGAUGAAUGGAGGAAAUUGCAAGGAUUCAUCAGUGUGUGAAAUCGGAGGGCAAUCUGGGUAUGGGCUCAGGGAAAAUCCCAAGAAAACAUGGAGGGCAGGGGUUGGGGUCGGUGGUUCAAAACUGCCUUUACAGCAACAGAAGGAUCAGAUUUGCAAACAAUGUGGAAAAGGGUUCCAGUCGCUGAAAGCUCUCUGCGGCCACAUGGCUUGUCACUCGGAGAAAGAUAGGGUUUUGAGAGACGAUCAUUCCUGGAGUACUACCAGCGAGAAGAAUCAGAAGAUAGGUUUCGAUAGCCAAUCGGAUACGGAGGCCGAGCCGGUGGGUCCGAGGCAGCGGCGGCGGCCCAAGAGGGCGGCAAGCAUGAGGUACAAGAGGAUUUCUGUCAGAUCUUCUUGUUCAUCUGCUGUAUCCGAGAUUGAUCACGAACAAGAAGAGGUUGCCAUGUGCUUGAUGAUGCUGUCUAGGGAUUAUGGGAAAUGGGUUGGCUUUGACUUAGCUGGAGAGUCUUCUGAUAACAAUUCUGCUGUUUUAGAGACCAGGCCAUCCCCUAAUAUUGAAAUGAAAAUCAGAAGAAAGCAAUCAGCCCUGGAUUCUGUCAAAAACAGUGCUGAGAGAAAAAGGAACUUGAAAUCUGGUGGAACUUGGGAGUCAAAGGCAGUUCAGUUUGAGAAUUCUGAUUCUGGCUACUCCAUGAACGAGGCUAAUAAGGUGGAUUCAGAUGUUUCUGCCGAUGGGUUUUCAAGAAAUGGCAGUUUCAAGAAGCAGAAAGUGGAAAACGGAUCUGGAUUGGUGAGAGGCCUUAACAAAGGAAAAUUUACGGGUAUCGAAUCGAAGAAGGGUUUGGCCAAGGGAAAAGGGUAUGGUCAGAGUACUGGAAAUGGUUCAGAUUUCGUGGAGUUCAAUUCAAGGAGGAAGAAACACGAGUCUGGUAGCAAGAAGCAGCAAGAUUUUUCCUUGAAUGAGAAGAAAUCGAAGUCGAAGCCAAAGAAAAGCAGAGGACAUGAGUGCCCAGUCUGCCACAAGGUUUUCAAGUCGGGCCAAGCAUUAGGGGGUCACAAGAGGUCUCAUUUUCUUGGAGCUUCUGAGGAGAAGAGCAAUCAGAUAGUACUACCAGUAGUAACCAGACAGGAGUUUUCUGAACCUCCUGAUUUGAUUGAUCUCAAUCUUCCUGUUUCUUUGGACGAGGAAGAAGCAAAUGAGCUCUCCCAGUUCAUGCCAUGGUAGGUAGGUGCAAGCAAGCCUUGCUUGAAUCAGAGGUAUGUUUUCCCGUAGCCUGUGUUUUCGAUUACUACGAAUUCGUGGAAGGAUUCACGGAGAGAAAAGAUGUCGAGGCUUUAACGAUAUGAAAAUUUUACAUGUGUGAGUGAGUACCUUAAAAAAAAUUCAUUUCUUUUUACCGCUAUGAGUUCAAUCGAUGGAUACAAAUUCAAGAUCCAAACGCAGCCGAGGAGUGUACAGACAAGGUGUUUUGUUCUAGUUCAGCAGUUGCUGCUGAAAUUCGAAUGCUUCCCUUUUCAUCCCUAUUUUUGUAUGUUUCAAGAAAAGCUCUAUUUUUGUUUUGAAUCGUUGGUAUCAUCAUCAUCAUUUAUAUAAAAUCUAUGUAGCUUUUUGACCUUAGUUCGUAUAGUGAAUUUAGAUGGGAAUAUUGGUCUUCAAUUUUUCCAUCUUCC